AAAUAUUCUCCCAACGAGCCGAGGUUGGUUGCACUUGCAGCUGAGCCGGAAAUACAGCCGACGAGGAAAGGAUCGCACGACGCCUUCCCUACUAUCCAGUGUGGUUUUUAACUCAUCGUGCGCAGCUCCGAGUCGGCACAGGACAGGGUAACUAACAGACAUGACAGCGGCAACCACCAGAUCGCCGGUAGGGAGCGGCACGUCUGCGUUUUCGCGCGCAUCCGCGGCAUGGGAUAGUCGUUUAAAGACCGUCGUGUACAUCCUCGCGGCCGGCAGCAUCGCCUUAGCGCUCUGGUUCGCGACGGUGGAAGCUGCCACGCUGCUCCUGCAUCCCGGAAACUACGCCUCCCGAUACUUCGGGAUUCGCAUGCUUCCCUUCACGCGGGAAUCGCGGCGGAGUCGCGCGGGAAGCGGGGUAGAAACUGCGGGCGCCGACUGGCGGCCGAUUGCAGACCGACACGUGGCGGAGAAGGCAGUAACGAUGUCGGUGCUGUCCUUACCGCAUAAUCCGCUCACGAACCGCAGGAGAACCGCCAAGCUAGCUCUGUUGUUUGUAACGGAUCAAGGCCGCUUGCCUCUAAAGCGCGUAUGGGAGCGAUUCUUUCAGGCGGAGCUAAAGGGUCCUGUAGAGCUUGAACACGACAACAGCAAAUUCUCCGUCUACGUGCACUCUGGCGGCAACGAGAUGCGCUAUAACGCGGAUGAAGGGCGGUUCUUUCAAAGGAACGACAUUCCCAGCCUCCCGGCGCACGAGGGCACGAUCUCCAUGGUGGACGCGCAGCGCCGCCUGCUCGCGUGGGCGCUACUGGACCCCGACAACCACUUCUUCCUCUUCCUCGACCACAGCUGCAUCCCCAUCCGCGGCUUCGCGCACAUCUACUCCUCGCUGCUGCACUCGCGCCACUCCUUCGUCGCCAUGGCGGACGAUCCCAGCGCCUAUCCGCCCGAGCUCGCUCCUCUCGUUCCGCCGCACAAGUUCGCUAGAAGCUCCAAGUGGGUGGCUGUGAACCGGCCGCAUGCCACAGCCAUCGUGGCCGACAAUAUGUUCUACCGUGCCUUCAAGCACCACUGCAAGGGCGCGCCAGCAGCAUCUAGUGAGAGCGACAGAGGGGCCGCCUCCAGUGCCCUAGCAUCGCACGCACACCUGCCCGCCUGCCAGCCUGAUGAGCACUACAUCGCCACUUUCCUUCGAACAGUGGACCCGGAUGGAGUGGCCAACUUCACCAUCACGCACGAGAGCCACAUGGGCGCUGCCGCUGCCAUGCACGAGGAGAUGCGGCGAGAGGCGCAGCAGCGAGCACGCAUGAGACGGCGGCAGCAGCGGCGGGAGGAGGGCGAGACGAGGGGAGGUGGAGGGAAGGAGGGGCAGGGAGGUGAGGACGGGACAUGGCAGUUGCGGCGGCAGUUGCAGCAGGAGAUGCAGCAAGGGGAGGUGGUGUACGGUGCUGUGAACAUUACGUCAAGAUUUAUCAUGGAGAUACAGGAUGCGACAGCCUAUUUCCAUCAAACUGCGCGUCUCUCUACUAGCCCGACAGCCUGUAGAUGGAAUGGGCAACUCAAGCCAUGCUUCAUGUUUGCCCGACCCUUUCGUCCAGAUGCCGUUGAUGAGAUCAUGAGCAUUUUACCUAAUGUCCUCAAUUAUUGAGGUGUAAGCACAGGUUCAGCAAGAUCUGUUGUCUUAGUUGUCCCUUUAGUGGACCCUAGAAUGUUUAAGCUGAAAUAUGCCUGAAAUGCUAUGCCAUAACCAAGCGCUUAUGUCAUG